AUGGCGCUGGAUGCAAUCAAACCCAACAGCAUCGAAAAUUCAGUGCAGGACCUGUGGCAGUGUAUCAUCGGUCUUUAUUUCCCGUACGAUCAGUCCUACAGGCAUUCGUACAAAGCGUCAAUCCUGGCCAACAACAACAUGCCGGACGUCACCGUCAUCCAGGUCCUGGCCACACACCCCAAUGCCGAUUUCAGAGUCGCGGCCGACUGGGCCGAGCGCCAUAUACUGAUGAUCGAAUGCAAGCGGCCGUCGAUGGACACCCCGACCCAAUGGGACAACACAAUCGAGGGCCAAUUCCUCGACGAUCUCUUGGAAAACCUCAACGCCUCGUGCAAAAUCUUCGGAGCCGUGGCUAUUGGCAAGAAGGUCAAGUUCUUCCGCUUUGAUGGGAAGAAACCCACCGGCCAUCCCAAUCAACUCGUACCUCUUCAUCAGGACGUGAUCGAUCUCAGCGACCAUUAUCAAUUUCCGCAUCUUGCAUACUGGUUGGACCAUAUAAAAGGGAAUGGUUGGCAGUGGGCUAGCUCGUGA